AUGAACACGUUUCUAUCACGGUUAAACACCGUAUUUGCUUUUACCCUUACAGUUCUCGCGGCUUUGACGUUUUUAUGUUUCCUCUCGACGCUUUUUAAUACACAUCAGGCGCCACUGCAUCUUCAGACAAAGAAAGUUUUGGUGUAAGUAACUCCUCGAGGACAAUGACUCAAAAAUAUUUUCUUGUUCUAACACGUGCGUCUGUUUUUCUCUCUUAUCAGGAAAAACGUUCAGGACUUUAGCGUUUCAAAGGAUAAAAAUGAUUUGGGCUUCAUUACUUUCGAUCUAGAAGGAGAUAUCCUUUUUGAAAAGGAAUAUAAUUAA